ACCAAUAAAUACAUGGAGAAUAAGAGGAAUGUGACAGAAUUUAUUCUCUUUGGGCUUACCCAGGACCCUAGUUUGGAGAAAAUUGUUUUUGUCAUGUUUUUUGCCAUCUACAUUAUAACUCUGGUGGGUAACAUGCUUAUUGUGAUCACCAUUAUUUGCAGCCAAACUUUGGGCUCACCCAUGUAUUUUUUUCUUGCCUUCUUAUCCUUUAUAGAUGCCUGUUAUUCCUCUGUUACAGCCCCCAAAAUAAUCAUCAACUCAGUGUCUAUGAGAAAAACUAUCUCAUAUGAAGGCUGCAUGACCCAGCUCUUUUCAGAACAUUUGUUUGGGGGCUCAGAAAUCAUAUUGCUUACAGUUAUGGCCUAUGAUCGCUAUGUGGCCAUCUGCAAGCCUCUACACUAUAUGACUAUCAUGAGUCGUCGUAUGUGCAUCCUCCUUGUCAUGGUGGCCUGGGCAGGAGGCUUCCUUCAUGCCCUGAUCCAGCUCCUCUUUACCUUCAAGUUGCCUUUCUGUGGCCCCAAUGUUGUUGAUCAUUUCAUGUGUGACUUAUACCCACUCCUCAAAUUGGCCUGCACAGAUACUCGUGUCCUGGCUCUGCUGGUGGCUGCCAACAGUGGAGUCAUUUGCAUGCUAAACUUCUUGAUGUUGCUUGUUUCCUAUGUAGUUAUCCUGCUGUCUUUGAAGUCCCAUAGUGCUGAGGGACGCCGUAAAGCUCUAUCUACCUGUGGCUCUCACAUCACUGUGGUUGUUCUAUUUUUUGUGCCUUGCAUUUUCAUGUACAUGCGCCCUCUGACUUUCUUCCCUAUUGACAAAACUGUAGCUGUAUUUUAUACUCUCAUCACCCCCAUGCUAAAUCCUUUAAUCUAUACUCUUAGGAACAAGGAGGUCAAAAAUGCCAUGAGAAAGCUCUGGAAGAGAAAAGAAAUGUCUGGGGACAGAUAUGAACUGAGGUACUCCUGACUGGGUCUGAUGCUCUUUCCACUGUGCUACUCUAAAUGAAUGAAUUUUUCCUGAAACUCUGUUAUAUGCACUUUGCAUAUAUUUCAUGCCUCUCUUUAUUUUCUAACUAAGAUAGAAAGGAAUCUUUCAUUAUUUUGCUUAUAUUGAGACAUAAAUACAGGGUUCUUGGAAUACAACAGGUCAUGUCUAAUAAUAUAUAAAUGGUUAUUAAAUGAUUGAUAACUUUAAAAAUUUUAUUGGACUUAUUUUAGUUGAAUUCCUUUACAAUAAUCUUCUCCUUUAAUGAACUGUUCUUUAUGUUAAAAAGAAUUAGUUAGGAGGAGGAGGAGGAAGAAGAGGAGAACUACCAGAAUAGUACAAUACAUCCAUAUAUGUAUGCACAUAUACACAUAGGCAGGUAUGUAGAAAAGUAUAAGUAUGUCUGUAUAACCUGAUAAUGGCAAAUAGAUUGCUAGAUAGACAGAUAGAUAGAUAGAAAUAUAGAUAGAUAGAUACACACAC